AUGUCUCUAAGAAUCCAAGCUUCCAGAUUGAUCGCCAACUCGCGCGUUAUCACUGCCAAGAGAGCCCUCUCUGUGGCUACCCGUGCCUCGCUAAGACCAACUGCCGCCAGACAGUUCGUCAAGCCAAUGGUCGCUACCCGUGGUCUAAAGCAGAUCAACUUCGGUGGUACCACUGAAACCGUCUACGAGAGAGCCGACUGGCCUCGUGAGAAGUUGUUGGAGUUCUUCAAGAACGACACCAUGGCCUUGAUCGGUUACGGUUCCCAGGGUUACGGCCAGGGUUUAAACAUGAGAGACAACGGCUUGAACGUUGUGCUCGGUGUCCGUAAGGACGGUGCCUCCUGGAAGGCCGCCGUUGAGGACGGCUGGGUCCCAGGUGAGAACUUGUUCGAAGUCAACGAGGCCAUCCAAAGGGGUACCUACGUCAUGAACUUGUUGUCCGACGCUGCCCAGUCCGAGACCUGGGAAUCCAUCAAGCCAUUGUUGACCAAGGGCAAGACCUUGUACUUCUCUCACGGUUUCUCCCCUGUCUUCAAGGACUUGACCCACGUUGAGCCACCAAAGGACAUCGAUGUCAUCUUGGUUGCUCCAAAGGGUUCCGGUAGAACAGUCAGAUCCCUAUUCAAGGAGGGCCGUGGUAUCAACUCUUCCUACGCCGUCUGGAACGACGUCACCGGUAAGGCUCACGAAAAGGCCCAGGCUUUGGCCGUCGCUGUCGGUUCCGGUUACGUUUACCAGACCACUUUCGAGAAGGAGGUCAACUCCGACAUUUACGGUGAAAGAGGCUGUCUAAUGGGUGGUAUUCACGGUAUGUUCUUGGCUCAAUACGAAGUCUUGAGAGAGAACGGCCACUCCCCAUCGGAAGCCUUCAACGAGACCGUUGAGGAAGCCACCCAAUCUUUGUACCCAUUGGUUGGUAAGUACGGUAUGGACUACAUGUACGAUGCCUGCUCCACCACCGCCAGACGUGGUGCUUUGGACUGGUACCCAAUCUUCAAGGACGCCUUGAAGCCAGUCUUCCAAGACUUGUACGAGUCUACCAAGAACGGUUCCGAGACCAAGAGAUCUUUGGAGUUCAACUCCCAGCCUGACUACAGAGAGAAGUUGGAAGAGGAACUAAAGAUCAUCAGAAACAUGGAGAUCUGGAAGGUGGGCAAGGAAGUCAGAAAGUUGAGACCUGAGAACCAGUAA